AUGGCUUUCGCUGCAGCGACUGCGGUCCAGCAGGCUUCGACCCACACCUACACAGCGAACUUUCUCACUGAUUGGUGCAUUGGGAGCGUUCCACACGGAGGAGUGGUUUGCUCCACCUUCAUGAAUGUCGUCAAACUACACUUCAACACCACCCUCAAGAAGCAGAAUCAACCUCAUACCUUGGCACUGCAUCUCGACUUUCUAAGACGCACCGACGCCGGCAAAGCAACCUUUACGGUCAAAGAUGUCAAGCUCGGACGUCAAACCUCAGUUGUCCAGGUCACGCUCUCUCAAGGAGAGCGUGAAGAAGUUGUUGGGUACAUCACCCAAAGCAACCUCGCCGCCGAAAAAGGCAUUUCUUUCAACACGAACUGGUCUCCCCAUCCCAAGCGAGUACCGCUAACCUCCACCAAAUCUCUCGAAUCCGGCCAAGACUCCGCAUGGGCAGAACUCCCCGAAUGGCCCAAUACGAAAUUCCGCAAAGCCACUGGUCAAGUCCGCUCCUGGUUCCCUACAGCCGGCCAACCCGCUCAGAACAUCUACGAUCAAUGGAUGUGUCUCCGAGACCCUACCGAACGCUGGACGAAUGAGAAACUUGGAUUCCUAGUCGAUCUCUUCCCGCAAAUCUGCGAGGUCUUUGUUUUGAACGGUGUUGAUCAAUACAGCCCAACACGCGCAUCAAAGGAGGUUAAACAUCUCCCCUAUUGGUACCCGACUCUGMUCUUGAAUCUAGACGUCAAGAAGGCGUUACCGGAAGAAGGCGUCAAAUUUCUGUUUACGAGACUGCAGACUAAGGUUAUCAAGAAUGGGAGAUAUGAUUUGGAGAUUGUGGUAAUGGAUGAGGAGGGCGAUAUUGUGGCUUUGAGCCAUCACGUUUGUUUCGUGGUUGGUGCGGAGAGGAAUACUUCUGCGAGAAGAAAGCCGGAUGCUACGAAGCUUUGA